UUUUUCAGGUUCAAAGACCGCGUUAGAAAGUCUGUGCUCUUUGGUCAACCGAGAAAAGUUCUUUAACGUUUGACCGAAAUAUUUCAAAGCAAAGCUGCCAUUCACUUGGAGGAAUCAUUCCAGACUGAUAGCAUAAUUGUACAGCAGGGUCAACAUAUCUACUAUGUCAGGAAUGAACAGACAAAAGACCGGGUAGACUUGUCAAGUCACAGAGAUUGUGUUGAUGUUGUUGUAUUGCUUUACGUACAAGUGUAUAUCAGCAUUAAAUAGUGAACCUACAGCGCACUUAUGUCAUUUUACAGGAAAGAAAAUAGAACAAAGAGAAUAAUUUAAAGAUUUAACAUUACGACCAAAAAUACUUUAAAAUUAAACGUAUCAAGUAUCAGACGAGUCUUUGCAAAGCUUUUAAGUGUUGUGAAGUUGUCCUUUAUCUAAUAUAAACAGUGCACAGAUUAUGACAAAGAAUACGGCUCCGAUUCUAAGUCUUAAAUGCAGACUUGCUAGUAUCAAAUGAAAAUGAAAGAUUGAUAGAUGGACGGAAUAUAUCAAAUAUAUAUAAAUGAGUCCAGCAUAUAGUCAUUAGGUUGAAGUACAUCUAAUGCGUUUGAUUGGAAGAUAAUUGAAUUUAUUCAUAUGAUUACAUAUUGAAAAUUUCCUUCUGACAAAGACAAAAAUGGCGUCGUCUGACAUUCAUGUGGACGGAAAAUUAUCUGACUUGAAUGGUAAUAACUCGUAUAGCCCACCAGAUAUUCUUAAACAAUCCAUUCCGCUUACGGCUAUUUUUAUCAUUUUGUACGUCAUACUCUUCUUCAUUGGUGUCAGUGGAAACUCAUUAGUCGUGUAUGUUGUUCUACGGAACAAGGCUAUGCAGUCAAUAACAAACAUUUUCAUUACAAAUUUGGCUGUGUCAGACAUAAUGAUGUGUUUAUUGGCUGUUCCAUUUACUCCCCUGUCGUACUUUAUGAAUUCCUGGACGUUUGGAGAAGUACUCUGCCAUAUUGUGCCUAUGACACUAUGUAUAUGCGUGUAUGUAUCAACACUAACGUCUACAGCUAUAGCAGUUGAUAGAUACUUUGUGAUUGUUUAUCCCUUCAAACCAAGGAUGAAGACAUGUGUGUGUCUGCUAAUGAUUGUUGCUAUAUGGAUAAUAUCCGUUUCCAUCUCUCUCCCACUCGGAAUUUACCAACAAAUUGUAAAAAGCGGAAAUACAAAAUCAUGUACCGAAAAAUGGCCAAAAGAGCAGGCACGACAAUUUUUCACCGUCACCAGUCUUGUUCUACAAUAUAUAGUGCCUUGUAGCAUAAUAACGUACUGCUAUUCAAAAGUUUCAUUAGCUCUACGAAAAAGAUCUAAAUCUAGAAUUGGAAGUGGGAGUGUUAACCGAGAACGAGACGAAAUGGAAAUUAGAAGAAAACGUCGAACUAACAAAAUGUUGAUAGCUAUGGUUACUAUAUUCGUAAUCUGCUGGCUGCCAUUAAAUAUGGUUCUCUUAGUGGGAGAAUAUCAUCAACCAUUUGCACAUACUUCUUAUUACCCAUUUAUAUUUUUCACUGCGCAUGUGAUUGCAAUGAGCUCGACAAUUUAUAAUCCAUUCUUAUACGCAUGGAUGAACGAUAACUUCAAAAAAGAAUUCAAACUUGUACUACCGUGUUUAUUUCGCCGAGGGAGUAGUAGUAAUGUAAAUGGAAAUUAUACACAAUAUACGCAUGUAGAAACAAAUCCGUCAGUGGUAAUGAACAAGUCACCUCAGAGAGAAAGUAACGGAAAUGAAAAUGUGAAAGAAACAAAGGCAUACUUUGAAGCUGACACGGAAAAGGUGCAUCUUAAUGUUAGCGAAGAUCAUGAGAAUUCUGACUGAAGGUAUCUGGAGACUCAUCUGUAAUGUAAUGAUUAUAAUAGAAAAACGUAUAUGAUUACACAUGUAGUUGCAUAAGCAGUUAAACAUGGAAAGAGUAAAGCCCUUCAAAGUCACUUUGUGUAAAGCUUGUUGGUUGGAAAUUCCAAAAAUUUAUCAAGAGUUGAGACAAGAGGAAAGAACAUUGUUACAGUUGCGUUUAAAACAAGAAAGUUAAAAGUUUGUUAGAUUAUACAGGAUAUGAUAUAUUCUCAGUUUUAUUGUUUUGUUUUAGAAAUAUUUCAUUGUAGAGGCUGAUAGAAAUGUUAUCAAUGUAUAGGACGAGAGUGAAAUCAUCGACUCCUACAUUCAGAUGAGUCUCCGAACACAAGAUAUGUUUGAAAAAACAGGCUUGCAUUUAAGGCAAAAGUUGCUUGGAAAAGGUAUAGAUGAUUAAUUUCUGGAAGAUUAAUUGCAACUUGCAAUUAUGUGUAAACCUCCAAAAAUGCUAAACGGAUGAUCUUACAGUCAAACGUGAGCGUGAGUUAACAUUAAACGGAAAUGUACAAGGACCAAUGAUUUGCCCGGAUAAUAUUUUCUUGACUUUUAUAGAAAAAAAGUUGUAUUGUUACUAUGAUCUCGGUCUAAGACUGUGUAGUGCUAUUAUCGAGUCAUCUUAGUAUUUGAAUUAUGUUUGAACUCUUAUUUGAUCACUUAUUCUGCGAUAAAAAUCAUGUUUGCUUUUUGAUAUGUAUUAAGAGAUAUUCUUGUUUUUGUUGUUGUUAAACAUGAACCCAUGAACAAAUGUUGACAUGUUAUGAUGAAUUUGUUUGUUAUCUAAGUCAGUGUAAUCUAAUCGGUGUAAUUCUUUUAUUACGUGAAUGGUUAUUUCGUGGAGGAUACGCAUGGUACUAGAGGGGUUAUGAUGUAUAUAACUUUAAGUAUAAUUAGUUCUAUGUAUAAACAUGUGCGUCAUCACUGAGUGAGUACACAUCAUGGAAGAAAAUUACUUUGCCUUGAAUUUAGGAUAGAAUAUCAAAAAAAUCAAGAUGGAGAUCAGUUGUCAGUAAAAAUUUUAGAAUACCUGAACACGUAUUUUUACGUUAUCUCGUGAAAGAACCGUAAUAUUUCAAAUUUGCAGAUGGUUGAUAAAAAUUUAAAAACUAGUGAGCGUGCUUAAUAGUUACGGGCGUAUUUUAUCACAUGAAUUGUUAUCACUUUAAUUGAUGUCUUAAGUUAUACUUACUCUAUUUAUGAGGGCUUGUAGGAAAAAUAACAUUAAAUUUAAAAAUCAGGCCGAAAGAGAGAGAGAGAGAGAGAGAAAAUAAAACCCCAAAAGGACAAAAACACUACAAUUGCAUUGUCUUGCAAUAUUCCAUAUUUGUUAAGUCAUAUAUAUAAAUCAAGAACAAUGAGUUCAAAUUACUUGCUAUAAAGCAUAGAAUGAACACAGAAUAUUUAUUACAUUUUGUUUUGUUUCAAGCAAAGUGAACCUUUUAUUUGGUAUUAUUGUUUUCCAAUGAUAUCGGAAUGAUAUACAUGCUGUUUUAAUGAAGGUUUUGAAAAGAAUAAGCACGUUAUAGUCUAAUGUUGUUUCAUGUUAAGAUAUAUAUAGGUUAAUUUUGAUUUGAUAACUGUUUUCUUGAAGAAAACGAAAUAAAACAAAAUCAUUUUUUAUAAUAAAGAAAUAUUAUAGUUCAUUGUGUUAUUUGAAAUGUCAUCAUUGUUAAUGUUUGUCGCAGCUUCUUAAAAUUUUACAGUCGUCUUUACAAAAUAUCUACCAAGGUUUUAUUGGUUUUAACCAUUUGUGACAAGCAAUGUCAUAUAACAAACAAUCACUUAUACUCGGUCAUCUUAUCAGUAAAAAAACACUGUCAAACUCUUUCAUCCGGGAAAUAAGAACUUUUGAGAAACAGCGUACAUUAGUUCACGAUUAUUCAUUAUAAAUUGACAUUACAAACAUGCCAUAUUAUACUUAUAUACAACCAGGCUUUGUAAAACUAAACAACUACAGUAUAGUCUUUUACAGACAGUCAUAAAAUAUUCUGUAUUCUGAAUUUGGCGCGGCAUCUCUUGUUAAGUUUUGAAACAGAAUGAUAAUGAACACUAUUCUUACAUAAACUUAACUAGGAACAUUGUUUUUUGUUUGUUUGUAUGUAGCAUCAACUCUUUAAAGGUCUCUAGGAAUGGUUAGAUAUAACACAUGCAGUAAAUAGAAUCAGCACAUGUUUUGAUUUACUUUGUACAAUCGGAACUUCUCGGUUAUUAUUCGAUUGAAGGAAGUUCUACCACGUGGUUUUAGAUGGAAACAAAAACAGAGAGUGUAAUCUAUGAUAAUGUUUAACGAAUAUAUGACAUCCAAAUGAAAAUAAAGUAUGUGUCGGUAAAAUUAUAUUUAAAAAGAAAUGUCUGACAAUCGUAAUCAAAUUAAAAAUGCCCAUUGAUGUACAAAUAUAAACAAAUCCGACUUUCAGUCCCUACAACCAUAAUAAGUAUAUAAAUUAUGUACUGUUUACUUUUUAUAACUUUUUGGGACUUUUGAUAUAUUGGCAAAAAAAACCUUGUCAUUAAAUUACUCUUUGUUUACAUGUUAGACCGAAAUACUGUAUCCGUUCUGUGUAUUCUUACUAUUGUGUGCAAGGUUAAUAUCCUAGCCUUGACGGAAAGAGCCGAGAAGUUGCGAUUGGUACUUUGAAGAUUGACGAUUGCGGGUUCUUUAAUCUUAAACUUGUAUCUUUUUCUGUAUUUUUCGUAAAACUGAUUUUAUUAAGUAGGAAAUGUUAAGAUUUGUCGUAUUCAAUAUAACACAUUCCAUCAGUAUAAGCGGUAUAAGCAUAAGUCUAAUACUCACUGCUGUUAAGUGAAAUAUCUUUUAAACGUAUGUCCCAGAAAUAAUUUAAUCUUUAUUUUUAAAAAGAUUUUUGUUAUUUUAGUAAACUAUUAUAAGGUAAAAAGUACUCAUUGGCCAAUUACCUGAACCAUCUUUUACUUCUUCUGCCUUUUUGGCAAUUAGUAAAUAUAAUGAUUAAGCAUUUUAAGUAUUUUGUAUGGAAGCCAAAAUAAUACUUUUUUUUACAUAUUUCUGCAUUUAUGAAAAUAUUUAGAGCUACUUUCCUUAGAUGCUUAACAUUUAGCAUGUUCUAAAACCAUUAUUUAAACGUUAUAAACUCAUGUAUGUGCACUUUCUAAAGAAAAUAAUUUUACGUUUCUGAGGCAUAUUGUACCUUGAAAAUGUUUGUUUACGGUUUUUAUACAAACCGAAGUAACAGGCAUUCAAUUAGCUAAAUAUGAAUUCCUAGGUAUAUUACAAACCCAUUUGAGGUUGUUUUAAUUUUUUUUUAUUUUCAGUCAGUUAUCUACUGAAACACAUUAUUAAUACCUUUACUGGGUAGCCAUAAAUGAACUGUCUGUUCAACCGAUUUUACUUUAAAUUUAAAAUUGUUCAGCCCGCAAUAAGAAAUCAAACAGUUUUGAAAUUGUUUUAAUAACAUGAAACAAGUGUUUUAUUUCAUAGUCGCUAAGUCGAUAUAGAUUUCAAGAACGCAGUCAUGUUAAUAAUAUAUAAUGUUUUGAAUUGUAUGAUUCUUUUUGGAAAGACAAUGCAUUCAUAUGGCUUGAUAAGUGUGGGACAGUGCCAUAAUUUUUUCCUUUGAAUCAUUUCUCAAACCUUCAUGUAGUCAGUAUAGUUCCAAGAAUACGCCCAUCUGUUAUUUGUUACUUAAUGACAAUAGUAGUUCACUGAACCGGAUUUCAUUCUUACAAAACAAAUUCGUUAUUUUACGGAAAUAUACGGGCUAAAACAACCGUAGAAUUAUUCCAUAUUUUAACUUAGUAUAUUGUAAAUAUGAAAAUAAAGUGUUAAAUAUGUACUUGUUGUAUUAUGUGAAAUAAAGGAUAAACUAUU